AUGGCUUGGCUCACUGUCUUUACAAGAUGCUUUAUUAAGACUUCUCUGGGUACAAAAUGCUGUGUUCUAAUUUAUACAUCUUUGGUGAUUUUGAGGAUAUUGGCUAAUUCUAAACCCUGUCCAAAGUGCAAACGGCCGAUUGAGAAAAACCAAGGGUGUAUGCAUAUUACUUGCACUCCACCUUGUAAAUUUGAAUUUUGUUGGCUCUGCCUUGGUGCUUGGUCGGACCAUGGUGAGAGGACUGGCGGUUUUUAUGCAUGCAAUCGUUACGAAACAGCAAAGCAAGAGGGAGUGUAUGAUGAAGCUGAGAAAAGAAGAGAGAUGGCCAAGAACUCGCUAGAGAGGUAUACUCAUUAUUACGAAAGAUGGGCAACUAACCAAUCGUCUAGGCAAAAAGCACUUGCAGACUUACAGCAAAUGCAGAGCGUGCAUCUUGAGAAGCUGAGUGACAUACAGUGCCAACCUGAGUCACAGCUAAUGUUCAUAACUGAGGCCUGGCUUCAGAUCGUUGAGUGUAGGCAUGUUUUGAAAUGGACAUAUGCUUAUGGAUAUUAUUUACCAGAGCAUGAACAUGCCAAGAGACAGUUCUUUGACUACUUGCAAGAUGAGGCAGAGUCUGGGUUGGAAAGACUUCAUCAAUGUGCAGAAAAGGAGCUACAUGUUUACCUUAAUGCAGAGGGCCAAUCAAAAGACUUCAAUGAGUUUCGCACAAAACUUGCUGGACUGACCAGGUAG